AUCCUCGUUUUCAACCUACUUUUCCCUAUCCUUUCCCUCGACUCCCAUCCCUUUCAGUCUCUUCAUUGUACGACCUUCAGAUUGAGUACUUCACGACAUGGCCGACGCAUCCUCCCAUAGACUUGAUUUGCGAGUUGGUGGGAAAUACAGGCUAGGCAAGAAGAUUGGGUCAGGCUCGUUCGGCGAUAUCUACCUGGGGAUCAACGUGAUCUCGGGCGAAGAGGUGGCCAUCAAGCUUGAGUCCGUCAAGGCAAAGCACCCGCAGCUCGAGUAUGAAUCCAAGGUUUACAAGACGUUGGCUGGCGGUGUUGGUGUUCCCUUCGUUCGAUGGUUCGGAACAGAAUGUGAUUACAACGCUAUGGUCAUCGACCUCCUUGGGCCCUCCUUGGAGGACCUGUUCAACUUCUGCAACCGUCGCUUCAGCCUGAAGACUGUCCUAUUGCUGGCUGAUCAGCUGAUCUCGCGGAUCGAGUACAUUCACUCCCGCAACUUCAUUCAUCGCGAUAUCAAACCUGACAACUUCCUUAUGGGCAUUGGCAAGCGUGGCAACCAGGUUAACGUCAUCGACUUUGGUCUUGCGAAGAAGUACCGCGACCCGAAGACUCACUUGCACAUCCCGUACAGGGAGAACAAGAACCUCACGGGUACCGCUCGGUACACCUCGAUCAAUACUCACUUGGGUGUUGAGCAGGCACGCCGCGAUGAUCUGGAGUCACUCGCAUAUGUGCUCAUGUAUUUCCUCCGUGGGUCGCUGCCGUGGCAAGGUUUGAAGGCCGCGACAAAGAAGCAGAAAUACGAUAGGAUCAUGGAAAAGAAGAUGACUACCCCGACGGACCUCCUCUGCCGUGGCUUCCCGAAUGAGUUUGGGAUUUUCCUCAACUACACCCGUGCCCUCCGCUUUGACGACAAGCCCGAUUACUCCUACCUUCGCAAGCUCUUCCGCGACCUCUUCGUUCGCGAGGGAUAUCAGUACGACUACGUCUUCGACUGGAGCGUGCACCGCGACCAGGGAGAAGGUGCCAGCUCUAGCGUCAAGGCGGGUGGCCGCCGCAAGAUUGUGCAAGAAGAGGAGGACACUCAGCCGCGCAUGCCGGACCGCAUGCUUCGCUCUCACACCCGUCAGCAGCAACAGGCGGCUGCCGGUGCAAUUGGUCAGCAGCGCAUUCAGCGAGGUGACUGGUAA